CCUCCCCCGCCGUUUCUGGUAAAAGCGCAGCCGGAGCGCAGCGCCGCGCCGCGGGGAGAGCGGACUCUCCUCCUCCGGGAGACCCGGGCAGAGGCUGGGACACCAGACCCGGACAGACCAGGACAGACACGGGGACACCAGACCAGGACAGACACGGGGACGCGGGGUCUGUGAGAGGAGACUCUCUGUCAGCAGCCUGAAUUGACGGUGAACUUGUCCGUGUGCAGGAUGCCCGGGGGCUGCUCGUGGAGAGGGCUGCUCCUCCUGGCCGUGUACGUGAAGGUUGCUGUGUUGGCCAACGACGGGGAUGCAGUGUUCAUCCGAGAGUUUACUCUGAUACGGCGAGAUCACCUUCCUGAAGAGCCUCUCCGCGAUGCCAGCCAAAGUCCUGAGGACCCGAGCUCCCGGACGGCCCGGUCAGAGGAGGACAGGGACACGCUGUGGGACGCCUGGGGCUCGUGGAGUGAAUGCUCUCGUACCUGCGGCGGUGGAGCCUCCUACUCCCUCAGACGAUGCCUCAGCUCCAAGACCUGCGAGGGGCAGAAUAUCAAAUAUCGCACAUGCAGUAAUGUGGACUGUCCUCCAGACGCCGGCGAUUUCCGGGCCCAGCAGUGCUCCGCUCACGCAGACGUCAGACACCAGGGCCAGUUCCACGAGUGGCUGCCCCUGUACAACGAUCCCGAGAACCCCUGCUCGCUCAAGUGCAAGGCCAAGGGCUCGGGCCUGGUGGUGGAGCUGGCGCCCAAAGUGCUGGACGGGACGCGCUGCUACACCGAGUCCCUGGACAUGUGCAUCAGCGGAGUCUGCCAGAUUGUAGGCUGCGAUCACGAACUGGGGAGCACGGCGAAGGAGGACAACUGCGGCGUCUGCAACGGCGAUGGCUCGUCCUGCAGACUCGUGCGAGGCCACUUCAAGACUCAGCACGCUACAGGGAAAACUGAGGACACAGUGGUCGUCAUCCCCUACAAGAGCCGGCACGUACGUCUGGUCCUGAAAGGCCCGGAUCACUUGUACGUGGAGAGUAAGACUCUACAGGGGGUGAAAAGUGAGUUGGUGUUGGACAGAUCGGGGCAGUACCACCUGGAGAACACCAGCCUGGACUACCAGAAGCUGGCGGAUAAAGAGAUCCUGAGAAUGACCGGUCCGCUCGGAGCUGACUUCACAGUCAAAGUGCAGUUCUCCAGCGGAGCAGACAGCGUGGUCCAGUUCAUCUACUAUCAGCCCAUCAUCCACCGCUGGAGGGAGACCGACUUCUUCCCCUGCUCGGUCACGUGUGGUGGAGGUUACCAGCUCACCUCGGCCGAGUGCUUUGAUUUGCGGAGCGGUCGGGUCGUCGUGGACCAGUACUGCCAUUACUACCCAGAGAAUAUCAAACCCAAACCCCAACUGCAGGAGUGCAACAUGGACCCCUGCCUGGACAGUGACGGUUACAAGGAAAUCAUGCCAUACGACCUCUACCACCCCCUGCCUCGCUGGGAGAGCAGUCCCUGGACGGCCUGCUCCACCUCCUGCGGCGGAGGCAUCCAGAGCCGCUCCGUGUCCUGCGUGGAGGAAGACAUGCAGGGGAACAUCACUCCCACAGAGGAGUGGAAGUGUCUUUACUCUCCCAAGACGGCUAUCCUGCAACCCUGCAACACUUUUGAUUGCCCCACGUGGCUGGCGCAGGAGUGGUCUCCUUGCACAGUGACCUGCGGUCAGGGGCUGCGCUACAGGGUGGUUUUAUGCAUCGAUCACCGCGGGCUCCACGCCGGCGGCUGCAACCCCACCACCAAACCCCACAUCAAGGAGGACUGUCUGGUCACCGUGCCCUGCUACAAGUCUCUCGAUACGCUACCCGUCGAGGCCAAACCUGUGUGGCAUAAGCAGGCGAUCGAGCUGGAGGAGGAAGUGUCUGUGACCGAGGAACCAACCUUCGUUCCCGGGCCCUGGCGGCCCUGCAGCCGGACGUGUGGCGCCGGGACGCAGCGGCGGACCGUCAGGUGCCAGGUGUUGCUGUCCUUCUCCCAGAGUGUGGCCGACUUGCCCGACGACGAAUGUGAGGGAGUCAAACCGGCUUCCAGCCAGCCGUGCUACCGGACCCCCUGCUCCGGAGGGGAAGGGAAGGACGAGGAGGAAGACGAGGACAGGGACGGCGAGACGCUGCAUAAAGAGGAACUCCACGACUGGGAGUAUGAGGGAUUUACCGAGUGCUCAGAGAGUUGUGGUGGAGGUGUGCAGGAAGCUGUGGUGAUCUGCCUGAACAAGCAGACCAGGGAGCCAGCAGACCAGCGUCUCUGCGUGAGCUCCCGCCGGCCCCCGCAGCUCCUGCAGGACUGCAAAACCCAGGCCUGCCCACCCAGGUGGGAAACGGGGCCGUGGAGUUCGUGCUCCACCACCUGUGGGGUUGGGUUGAUGACGCGCACCGUGGCGUGCUCUCACCGGCUGUUCCGAGACAGCAACCGCACUGCACUGCUGAGGGACGAGGACUGCCAGAACCCCAAGCCCGGUCCCAUCCAAGCCUGCAACCGCUUUGACUGCCCGCCCAUGUGGGAGACGCGUGACUGGGGACAGUGCUCUCAGAGCUGCGGCGGCGGGGUUCAGAAGAGGCGCGUCUUGUGCAAGCAGCGCCUGGCAGACGGCAGCAUCCUGGAGGUGCCGGACUCCUUUUGCCCGUCCAAGAGCCCUUCAAGCCAGCAGCCGUGCGGCAAGCAGACCUGCCCGCCUCAGUGGGUGACGGCCGACUGGACCCAGUGUUCAGUGACCUGUGGAAAAGGCAUUCAGACCCUGCAAGCUAUCUGCAGGAUCCAGGGAGAGAACGGACGAUAUUGGACGAUAGACCGCAAAAACUGUUCCAAGAUGGCCUGGCCCAUCAGAAUCCGGCCCUGCUUUCUUAGGCACUGUGAAAACUCGCUGAAGCCUGAUCCCGGCACGCUGAAGCAGAGGAAGGUUUACAUCCAGUGGAGGAAGGGCAAGAAAGUCCAGCUGGUCGUCGGAGGUUACGCCUACCUGUUGCCCUGGACAACCGUCGUCCUCCGCUGCCCGACCCGCCACCUCCGCAAAGGUCACGUCCAGUGGCUUAAGGAUGGAAGACCCCUGGUGAACCUCCCAAAUCUCUACACGACGUCGCAGGGAUAUCUGAAGAUUCAGCAGGUCCAUUCGCCUCAUGCAGGGAUUUACACGUGCAUCGCCGGCCCGGCAUAUGAACAUCUAGUUUUGCAGAUAAUCGGGAGCAAGCAAAAGCUGACCGUUCCAGAGUCAUGGCUGCUUGAGAGCGGACAAAAUAAAGUCAGGCGGCCGGCCGGUGCUUCAGCCGGAGACAGAUUUGAGGAGGUACCGAUUUCCCCCAACCAGUACGACAGCCUCGUGCAGCACUUGCUUGAACUGAAAGGCUCCGUCCACAGUGAGAAAUACCUCGCUGACAAGCCUCACUCCGGCGAGAAUAACCGCUCCACUCCAGAGGACGAGAGGGCGAGCGCAGAGCUCUCCGUGCCCGUCGUGCUCACCACCGAUAGCCACAGGCUGGACGAGCUCAUGCACAACCUCUCGGACGGCCUGGGCGGGCCGCAGGGGGAGCAGCUCAUGGCUCAGCUGCUCAGUGAGCUCACCGUGACUCAAGGGGAAACCAACGAGUCUACCCUUCACCCUCCGGAAAGCGCCGAGUCGUCCACACAGGCACCCCCCCUGUAUAAGCCGAGCACGUCCAGGAGCAGGAGGCCGGUGAUAAUCCACUGGCUUAAGAAAGACGGCGUGGCGUCGCAGUCUGACCUGGUCGUUUAUGUGGGGGUGCCAGUUUUGUUGCAGCAGCCAGUUUCCACCCUGGAGCUGCGGUGCGAUGCUCUGGGGGACCCCAAACCCACGGUGACUUGGACAAAAAAUGGGAAAGACUUGCACUCCAGCAGCAGAAUAAGCCUGUUACCCUCUGGCUCGCUGAGAAUCCGGUCUCCAGGCAAAGGCGACGAGGGACUGUACACCUGCACUGCCAGGAACCGUCUUGGAAGUACAUCUCUCUCGUCUUGGCUGCAGAUUACAAAUGGCAAGGGACGGAGCUGUGCCCGUGUGAGCGGUGCGGGGGGAAACGGGCCUGCCUGUCCUGACAGGAGUAACAGCAGCCAGUCAGCCCAGCUGUGCCCGGGACAAGCCUGCCACCUCAGGUGGCAGGUGGAUGCUUGGUCGCCGUGCUCGGUGACGUGUGGAGGGGGGUCCCAGCACAGGAGCGUGCGCUGCCUGAAGGGUCCGGAGGGCGGCUCCAGGGAGGUGGAGAACAGGCAGUGCUACGGCACUGGGAGGAAACCCUCCAGUACAAGGCUAUGCAACAUUGUGUCCUGCACAAGAUGGGCCACCAACCCCUGGGGGCCGUGUCAAGGCCAGUGUGUGGGUCCCAGUUUGGCUACACAGAACCGACACGUUUAUUGCCAAGGCGCAAACGCUACCAAAGUUCCCUACAGGAUGUGCACUGGAUUCAAGAGGCCCGGCUCGGUGAGGAACUGCUCCACAGAAGCGUGCGCCCUUUACUGGCAUGUCGGGCCGUGGACGCAGUGCACCGCCACCUGUGGUCGCCACGGCUUCCAGUCACGCCAGGUGACCUGCAAGCAUCAUCGCACCGGCAAGGCCACGCGGGAACAUCACUGCAUCUGGAGGCCCCGCCCCCCCAGCUGGCGGCGCUGCAACAUCUUGUCCUGCGGCAGAGGAGAGUGUCGAGACAGUACCAGGUACUGCGAGAAGGUCCGCCAGCUGGAGCUGUGCCCGCUGCCUCAGUUCAAGAGCCGCUGCUGCCAGUCCUGCCGCAACACCUGAGGCGGCGGUGGCCGGGUACGAGGCGUCUGAGCGACCCGGAGGCGUCGCGGAGGGAACCAGCGGACACUUGAAACCUCUAAGCCCCAUCCUUGACCUCACCACCGUCUCCAGCGAUCGGUCUCGGGUGGGGAGAGCGGAGUGUGGAGGAGGAAUGUCUGUUUUUGUCAUGCCCCGAGCCGAUGUGCGUGUCUCUUCUCCAGGACGACCACGUGUGGGUUUCAAUCUGAAAGUCCUGUUACCUGAAGGGGCAACGUGUGCAUUCACGAAGGCUUCAGUUUCACUUUUUCCCUUUUCUUUUUUAUUUUUUUUUAUUUUAAUAAGCUCUGAACUUCAGCUUUCCUUUCCAAACGGUGCAAACCGUUUCCACUGUGAGCACUGGAAACUUGUGGGGGAACUAGUUUGCUGAUUAAUAACCCUCCUGCAUGAAUGGAAUUUUGUUGUUGUUUUCGGGUUUUUUUUAAUCACAUCAAGCUGCAACACAACCAACAUCGCAAAAAGAGAAAUUUGAAAUUCCCCUUUACUGUUUAACAUAGCAACUUCAUCAUAAUCACAGCUAUUUUCAUGUUUGAUUGGCCUCAUAUCCAAAACCCACUGGGUAGUUGUGUGUUUACUUCUAUUGCAACAGUCCCCAAACAAAGUGUUAAUGUAGAUUUGGUGAUGAAGCUCAGCGUAAUGCUGCUAAGAAAUGAGGAAGCAGAGAAUAUCCUCAUGUUUAA